CCCGCUGCUGAUCAAAGGAGGUUUCGAACUUAACCCCAAGGUGUUGUCCUCUGUAUCUUUUGCUUGGUCUUCUCUUGCGGCAAUGGCUGGGGGCCUUGAGGGGAGGAGCUCUGCGACUAGAGGAGUUGAGCAGGCCAUAGUUGCUCUGAAGAAGGGCGCACAUCUACUGAAAUGUGGGAAGAGAGGGAAGCCCAAGUUCUGCCCUUUCAAGCUAUCUUCUGAUGAAAAAAUGCUAAUAUGGUACUCCAAAGAGAGGGAAAAACAUUUGAGCUUGAGUUACGUGUCGAGUGUAGUUCUCGGACAGAAAACAACAAAACUUUUGCGCCUGCAUUGGCCAGAAAAGGAAUCUCACUCCUUGUCAAUCAUAUACAAGAAUGGUCAAUGCUCACUGGACUUGAUCUGCAAAGAUAGGGAGCAAGUGGAAUGUUGGUAUCUAGGCCUAACAGCCUUACUAUCAGCACUAUACAGUCCUCUUCUUUUGGUUGAUUCAACAAGCAGCCGUCGGAUAAACAGUUGCACAAGUAGCCCUCCAAGCUAUAUUCAGCAAAAGAGCAGGCUAUUUUCAGUGCAUGACACAAGAAAGUUCACACAGGUACACUCACUAUAUGGCAGUCCUAGGUUGAUACAGAACAAAUUAUCAAAGAGCAAUCUGGACUGCUCAGAACCAUUUGUCUCUCCAAGGCAGAGAACAUGGUCAGACCUAGAUUUCUACAUGGAAAAGUUUACUCCGGAAAUGAUAAAUAGAGUUAAAAACAGUUUCCAGGAUCUAACGGUUGCUGACACAAUUAAGGAGCAAGGAAUUACCCAGAUGCCUAAGCUGAAACCAUCUGAAGGAUCACACGUGGCAUAUGGAACAGAUUCUCUGAAGGACAUCUUUGUCUGGGGAGAUGUUCUUGGCAGUGUGUUAGAUGACAGAGACACAUCAAAAGCCAACGUUUCACUUCCAAGGUUAUUGAACUCAACACAGAUUCUUGAUGUGCAGAAUGUCUCCUGUGGAGAGAAACAUGCGGCAAUAGUUACUAAGCAAGGGGAGGUCUUUUCCUGGGGUAAGGAGGAUGGUGGGAGAUUGGGACACAAAGUGAGUGUCGGUGUCUUGCAUCCUAAGAUUAUCGAGUCUCUUGCUUUUACCCAUGUGAAGGCUAUUGCAUUUGGGGCAAAGCACACCUGUGCACUUGCGAUUUCAGGAGAACUUUUUGAGUGGGGUGAAGGGACACACAGCUUGGGUGUGUGGGAUGAUCAGUGUCAAAGAAGCCAAUGGUACCCACACAAAUUGUUUGGUCCUUUGGAAGGCGUAUCUGUGGUGAAGAUGGCAUGUGGCCAAUGGCACACGGCUAUCAUAUCUUCCUCUGGUCAGCUGUUUACAUAUGGCGAUGGAACAUUUGGUGUUCUUGGACAUGGCGACACAAGUAGCGUUGCUCGUCCCAAAGAAGUAGAAUCUCUGAAAGGGUUAAGAGUCAAGGCUGUCGCGUGCGGGCCAUGGCAUACAGCUGCCAUUGUGGAAAUAUUAGGCACUGUCAAGAGCAAUGCUCCUAGUGGGAAGCUGUUCACUUGGGGUGAUGCGGAUAGAGGGAAGCUGGGUCAUAGUGAUAAAGAAUCAAAGCUUGUACCAACCUGUGUCAAGGCACUCACUGAUUCUGAUUUUGCUCAGGUAUCCUGUGCGAAGGCAUUAACAGUCGCACUUACAAUAACUGGUGUUGUUUUUACCAUUGGAAGCAAGGAACACGGACAAUUAGGGAGCCACCGAUUAGAUGAUUCAUCUAUUUGUUCAGUUGAAGGGCCUCUUAAGACUGAGUUUGUCAGAGAGAUAUCAUCUGGCUCUUCCCAUGUUGCAGUUUUGACAAUGAACGGAAAGGUAUUUACGUGGGGCAAAGGCACAGAAGGUCAACUUGGUUUAGGCAACUAUGUUGACAGGAGCUCCCCAACUCUAGUGGAGGCCUUGGAAGAUAAGCAAGUGGACAGUAUAGCUUGCGGUUCCAAUUUUACCGUGGCAGUUUGUUUACAUAGGUCAAUCUCAGGCAAGGAUCAAUCUGUAUGCAGCAGGUGCCGGUUGUCUUUUAGCUUUGCAAGGAAGAAGCACAACUGCUACAACUGUGGUUCCAUGUUCUGCAAUUCCUGCAGCAACAACAAGGUUUCAAGGGCAGCUCUUGGACCAGAUAGGAACAAAAGGUACCGUGUUUGUGAUGCAUGUUUCACUCAACUGCAGAAAAAUGAAGAAUGUGGCACAGUAAGUUCACGACUGACUAUCGAAAAGGAAGAGGCAUUUCCAACAGAAAUAAGAGCAUAUACACCAAAGUUGUCACGUAUAUUCAAGGAAGCAAAUUCCAUAAUGGAAAAAAUGGCAUUGGCACAAGGUUACCAUCAGAGAAAUCAGGACUUGGCUGCCCCAGAUCAAUUGAGAAUACAGAGAUGGGGGCAAGUAGAGUGCCCCAGUCAAUUUAGAUGUGCACGCAAUAGCAUUCCAUGCUGUUCUACAUCAAAGGAACAGACAGUUGAUGAAUCAGUGCCCGCCAAAAGUGCCCAAUCAGCUAGUAGUUUGAAAGCAGAACUAGAUUCGACGGAAAAGAUAUUACUAGAAGAGGUGAAACAACUUCAAGCACAUGUGACCACCCUUACAGAACAAUGCCGUUAUAGGAGCCUGAAGGUUCAGCUGUGCAAACAAAAAGUCGAGGAAACCUGGCUGAUUGUCAGGGAUGAAGCAGCAAAGUGCAAAGCUGCAAAAGAAAUAAUAAAGGUUUUAACCAAUCAGAGGAAUAUUUUGUCAAGGAAGAUUUUAGUUGGUAAGCAUUCAUACAGCUCCGAAACUGUACCUAGCCACAUGACCAUUGGACAACCAGUAAAAGCAGAACUACCAGACCCACCGGACAAACACCCUGUCAUUGGCAAAUUUCGACGGCUGAGCAGCAUCAGGGAUCAUCAUCGAAACGGCAGAGGAACAUACAACGCCAGCAAUAUUUAUGCUGAGGAGGCAGAUGCCACUAUUCCUCCUAUUGAUUCCAAUGGUGUGGUCGAGCAAAUCGAGCGUGGAGUAUACGUAACCAUCGUCACAUCCCCCAGUGGCAACAAGGGCAUCAAGCGCAUCCGGUUCAGCCGGAAGCACUUUGGUGAGAAGGAAGCACAAAAAUGGUGGGAAGCAAACGAGAGCAGAGUGUUCAAAAAGUACAGCAGCAUGGAGAAAAUGACGGAGUAACCAGCUGCUACAUUGUAGUAAGGGAUUCCAAAUAGUAGUAGUAGUAAAUACACUGAAAUAUGCUACUGCUCAGUAAAAGACGUAGCAGAGCAUAUGGAAUGAUGUGAGCAAAGGAAUUCAGGAACCAUCCUUUGCUCCCUAGGAAGCAGGCAGUUUGGAUAACUGCAUUUUCAACAUUUGCAGUUCCUCUGCAGAAAUAGGAGUAGGCCCCCAUGAUUAACGCUACACAGUUGUACAGAAGUUUGAGUUGGAUUAGGGUUAGGUCAGGAUCCGAUCAUUCAGAAUUCGGAUGUAUUCGUAAAUUCGUAGUGUGGAUUGCCUUCC